CGUGCCCCAAGAUGGCGUCGCGGUCGUCGUCGGCGGCGGUGGCCGGAGCGUUGGCAGCGGCGGCGGAGAGGCUGGAAGUGAAGGGAGGGAUGAGGCGGGCGAAGGGCGGCAGCGCGUAGCGGGCGGCUCCCGACCUGCGGGAGACAGAGCGAGACCGAGAAAGAGACUGUCGCGGGGAGGCGGCCCCCCUCCGUCCCCCCCCGUCCUUCCCCCGCCCGCCCCUCGCGGGAGUCCCGGCGGGUCCUUCCCGGCGCCGCCACCCUGCCCACCCCCGCCCUCUAGGCCGCGGGCCUCGCCGUCCUCCGGCCUGUGCCCCCCCUCCCCUCCCUCCCCGCCCCGGCCGCCCCCUCGGAGCGGAGGAUGAUGAAGCUCAAGUCCAACCAGACGCGCACCUACGACGGGGACGGCUACAAGAAGCGGGCGGCCUGCCUGUGCUUCCGCAGCGAGAGCGAGGAGGAGGUGCUGCUGGUUAGCAGUAGUCGUCAUCCUGAUCGAUGGAUUGUCCCUGGGGGUGGCAUGGAGCCCGAGGAGGAGCCCAACGUGGCUGCUGUGCGAGAAGUCUGUGAAGAGGCUGGAGUGAAAGGGACGUUGGGAAGACUAGUGGGAAUUUUUGAGAACCGGGACAGGAAGCACAGGACAUAUGUUUACGUACUUAUCGUCACAGAGGUCUUGGAGGACUGGGAGGACUCUGUCAAUAUUGGAAGGAAAAGGGAAUGGUUUAAGAUAGAAGAUGCCAUAAAAGUUCUGCAGUAUCACAAACCAGUGCAGGCCUCGUAUUUUGAAACCUUGAGGCAAGGUUGUUUGGCAAACAACGGCACCCCUGUCAUGACUGCGACGUACUCGGAGAGCUCCGUGGCUGACAUCAGAUGACUCAAGACACAUCCCUGUGAGAGAAAUGCUGAAAAACAGACUGAAACAUGGAUUCCCCUCCCCCCUCCCCUUUUUCACAUGCCUCCUCUCUCAAACAAGGCAUGGGCAGCAGCCUGUGGCAGAGCAAGUGUUAAGAGUGCUGCAGUUUAGUGCAAGGUGGGAUUAUUUUUGUUGUUGUUGUUGUUGGCUUUUUUUCCCUCCUUUUUCUUCUUUUUUUUUUUCCCCUUUUUUCUGGGAGGGGCUUUUUUGGAGAUGUAUUUUGUAAAAUACAUUCUGUGCAUGAAGUGCCCCUUUCCUGUUACACCACAGCUUCCACAGCCUGGCAAAGCAAAGGCUGCCAGUUUCUCCUCUGCCUUGUGUCCUGCAGUGUCCCCUCUGUGUCCUCCCAGCCACAGCCACUUCUUUUUUUUUGUUGUUGUUUCUUUCCUUGUUUUUUUUUUUUAAUUAAAGACUUCAAAUGUGAGAUCAGCUCUUUUAAGUCUUAGUCUGUACUGUAAGGUGCUGCUCAGACCCGUGGGGUGGUCCCUGGCAGCACCUAUUGUAUAAACUCUUCUUGGUUUGUUGGUGGGUUUUUUUUUAGAUGGAGAAUCUAACACUUUAAUUUCACAGGAUUUUUUUAUACUCCUGGCUUGCUUCUGCAAAGAAGGAUUCAUCAUUAAUCUGUUUGCCUUUUGUUCUGUUUUGGCUUUUGAAAGAAAACAAAGAAACCCUCACCCAUUCUGUGACAGUGCUGGUGGCUGGGCCAGUCCACUCUCUGUUUGCUGUUAGUGCAGUGACACUUGAGGGCAGAGUUUUGAUCACCUGCAGACAGAAGUCCCUGCUGCUCCCUGCUUUCUCCUCCAGCUCCCAGUUUCUGCAGCCACAUCAAAACAAAAGGAAAAAGGAGUUGGGGUGGGGUGUUUUUGUUGUUGACACUUGGCCAAAAAAGCCUCAGAAACGUGAGGAGAGGAACCCAAUGUCCUUGUGGUAGGGACUGAGGGGCUCAAAGUGAGGUUCAAGGUCUGAGCUGGGUUCUUCUGCUGCUCCUGCUGCGUUCUGCUGAUGUCUCCUCUUGUCCACAUGCCUUACACCGUGCUGAACUGGAUCCUCCUGUGCUAAAGCAUUGGAUUGGACUUCCCUGAGUGUUCCUGUGUGAGCCUACAGCUGGAUAACCCUCUGUGGCCCUGCAGCUGGAUAACCCUCUGUGGCCCUACAGCUGGAUAACCAUCUGUAGCCCUUGAAAAGAAGUCCUGGGGGGAGGUGGGGGGGUAAGAAACAAUCAGGUGUUGGGUCUCUUGUCCUGUGGUUCUGCAGCACUUAGAGUUGCACCGUGGAGCAUGCUCAAGGUGUUUAGACUCUCCCUCUGUGAAAGGUACAGCUGACUCUGGUUGGAGGAGUGCACCAUUUGCUAGGAUAGUUCCCCUCAUGCAUUGGCACAGCUUCACAGCUUGCUCUCUCUAUUUUUUUCUGUUGUUGUUUUUAUUGAUGUAAGUUUCAUGCUGUCUUGAUUUGCCAACAGUGUUGUCUAGUUGGGAAAUAAAAUGGGAAGGGUUGGGGCUGGGGAGUGGGGUGGGAGAGGUACAAGUUUUGGGAGGGGCAUUAAUGAAUCCCUGGCUUGGGACAAGAAGUAGUUGCUGAAUUCAGUGACUUCUCUUUUGUCAGAGCAGAGCCAAGAUGUGAAAUUAAAUCUGCAGUACUCUUUUUUUUUCUUCUUCCUCUUCUUCCCCCCCCUUUAUUUAACAGAAAAUAUCCUAAUAAACACUCACUGUUGCAGAGUUUCUCUCUCUUCCCAAGAAGCUCUUUGAAAGUAUGAAAAUCUGAUAGAAAUAUCCAUGGAGCCUGGGACAAGGGGGAAUGGUAUCCUUGCUGCUUUGGCAAGAAGCUGUUCAUUUGCAGAUCCCAUUCUGUUCCUUCGCUCGUUCUCCUCGCUUUCAUCAGCACAGAGGAGCGAGGCCCAGAGAGCUGCCAGCCAUGGCCAAGGAGAAAAA